GCCCCGCAGUGGCGCGCCCGCGUGCUAGUGGCCGGCACCUUCAGAGCCAGCGACACAGAGCUCAAGCAUCCCCUGCCUCACGUCAGCAGGCGACACAGGUGGGACUCCCUUCCUGGCCCGAACCCCUGGCGCAGAGUCACCCAGGGCUGCGCAGCAGGUCGCAGCCGGACUGGGGACCAGGCUGUUGAUUUGGGCAGCACCUGCGGAGAGCCACGCAACUUCUCCAGGCCUCCUGCCACUUUGGAAACUGCCCGGGACUGCGACCGCAACCCCUUAAGCUGGGGUUGCCGAGAGAGGGUGGGUUGGUUUGAAAGACACAAGGGGAAAAAAUGUAUUGUGGGGCGGGCUAAGUUCCCCACUCUCUUCCCCCUCCCCGAGCAAAUUAAAAACAAAACAAAUAGAAAAGCCAGCCCGCCAGCCAACCAAAGCCCCAAGCUGAGCCCCAGCCGAAGCACUCCUUUAAAAGGAUUUGCAGCGGGGAGGGAAAAAGAACCAGAGCCGACCGAGGAAUCGUUCUGCAAACCCAGGUGGACAUCUCUGCAGUAAGAUGAUUUGUCAGAAACUCUAUGUGGUUUUGUUACACUGGGAAUUUCUUCAUGUGACAGCUGCACUUAACCUGGCGUAUCCCAUUUCUCCCUGGAGGUUUAAGUUGUUUUGUGUACCACCAAAUACAACGGACGACUCCUUUCUUUCACCUGCUGGAAUCCCAAAGAAUGCUUCAGCGUUAAGUGGGGGUUCUGAAGUGGUUGUUGAAGCUGACGUCAAUGCAAGUAGUGUCGACGUUUCUGAGAUAUCCAAAACGAUCUUCCAUUGUUGCUUUGGGAAUGAGCAAGGUAAAAACUGCUCCAUGCUAGCAGGCAACACAGAAGGAAAGACCCUGGCUUCAAGGGUAAAGGCUUUAGUUUCUCGCCAGCUAGGUAUAAACUGGGACAUAGAGUGCUGGAUGAAAGGAGACUUGACAUUAUUCAUCUGUCAUAUGGAACCAUUACUUAAGAACCCCUUCAAGAAUUAUGACUCUAAGGUCCAUCUUUUAUAUGAUCUGCCUGAAGUCAUAGAUGGUUUGCGUCUGGCCCCCCUGAAAGACAGUUUUCAGACUGUCCCAUGCAGCUGUGGUGUUCGGGACUGUGACUGUCAUGUGGUAGUGCCAAGAGCCAAAGUCAACCACUCUCUUCUGAUGUACUUGGAAAUCACAUCUGCUGGAGUGACUUUUCAGUCACCUCUCAUGACAGUGCAGCCCAUGCUUGCUGUGAAACCUGAUCCACCAUUGGGUUUACAAAUGGAAAUCACAGAUGAUGGUAAUUUAAAGAUUUCUUGGGACAGCCCAACGGUGGCACUGUUUCCACUUCAAUAUCAAGUGAAAUAUUCAGAGAAUUCUACAGUCAUAAAAGAGGCUGCUGAAGUUGUCUCAGAUCCUUUCCUGUUGGUACACAGUGUGCUUCCUGGAUCUUCAUACAAGGUUCAAGUGAGGAGCAAGAGACUGGAUGGCUCAGGAAUCUGGAGUGACUGGAGUUUGCCUCGAGUCUUCACCACACAAGAUGUCAUGUACUUUCCACCCAAACUUCUGACAAGUGUUGGAUCGAAUGUCUCCUUUCAUUGCACCUACAAAAAUGAAAACCAAAUUAUUUCCUCAAAACAGAUAGUUUGGUGGAUGAAUCUAGCUGAGAAAAUCCCCGAAAUACAGUACAGCGCUGUGAAUGACCACGUUAGCAAAGUAACUUUUUCCAACUUGAAAGCCACCAGACCUCGAGGGAAGUUUGCCUAUGACGCAGUGUACUGCUGUAGUGGGCAGGAAUGCCAUCACCGCUAUGCUGAAUUAUAUGUGAUGGAUGUCAAUAUCAAUAUAUCAUGUGAAACUGAUGGGUACUUAACUAAAAUGACUUGCAGAUGGUCACCCAGCACAAUCCAAUCACUUGUGGGAAGCACUGUGCAGUUGAGGUAUCACAGGAGCAGCCUGUAUUGUUCCGAUAGUCCAUCUAUUCAUCCUGCAUCUGAGUCCAAAAGCUGCAUCUUGCAGAGGGAUGGCUUUUAUGAAUGUGUUUUCCAGCCCAUCUUUCUAUUAUCUGGCUACACAAUGUGGAUCAAGAUCAACCAUUCUUUAGGUUCACUUGACUCUCCACCAACAUGUGUCCUUCCCGACUCUGUAGUAAAACCACUACCUCCAUCUAGUGUGAAAGCAGAGAUUACUAUAAACAUUGGAUUAUUAAAAAUAUCUUGGGAAAAGCCUGUCUUUCCAGAAAAUAACCUUCAGUUCCAGAUUCGAUAUGGCUUAAAUGGGAAAGAAAUACAAUGGAAGAUGCAUGAGGUAUUUGAUGCAAAAUCAAAGUCUGCCAGCCUGCCAGUGCUGGACCUCUGUGCAGUCUACGUGGCACAGGUGCGCUGCAGGCGGCUGGAUGGUCUUGGGUACUGGAGUAAUUGGAGCAGUCCAGCCUACACGCUUGUCAUGGAUGUGAAAGUUCCCGUGAGAGGACCUGAAUUUUGGAGAAUAAUGAGUGGCGAUGUCACUAGAAAAGAGAGAAAUGUCACCUUGCUUUGGAAGCCACUGAUGAAAAACGAUUCCCUGUGCAGUGUGAAGAGGUAUGUGGUGCAGCAUCGUACUGCCCACAAUGGGACGUGGUCAGAAGACGCGGGAGAUCAGACCAAUCUCACUUUCCUGUGGACAGAACAAGUGCAUACCGUUACAGUUCUGGCCAUCAAUUCCAUUGGUGCUUCACCAGCAAAUUUUAAUCUGACAUUUUCAUGGUCAAUGAGUAAAGUGAGUGCCGUGGAGUCACUGAGUGCUUACCCCCUGAGCAGCAGCUGUGUGCUCCUUUCCUGGACCCUGUCAUCUGGGGAUUACAGUCUGCUGUACCUGGUUAUUGAGUGGAAGAAUCUUAAUGAAGAUGAUGGAAUGAAAUGGCUUAGAAUCCCUUGGAAUGUUAAGAAGUAUUACAUCCAUGAUAACUUCAUUCCCAUUGAGAAAUAUCAGUUUAGUCUUUAUCCAGUAUUUAUGGAAGGAGUUGGGAAACCAAAGAUAAUUAAUGGUUUCACCCAAGAUGACAUGGACAAGCGGCAGACUGACGCAGGGCUGUAUGUGAUUGUGCCCAUCAUUAUUUCUUCUUGUGUCCUGCUGCUCGGAACACUGUUAAUCUCACACCAGAGAAUGAAAAAGUUGUUUUGGGAAGAUGUUCCAAACCCCAAGAAUUGUUCCUGGGCACAAGGACUUAAUUUCCAAAAGCCUGAAACAUUUGAGCAUCUUUUUACCAAGCAUGCAGAAUCAGUGAUAUUUGGUCCUCUUCUUCUGGAGCCUGAACCCAUUUCAGAAGAAAUCAGUGUCGAUACAGCUUGGAAAAAUAAAGAUGAGAUGGUACCAGCAGCUAUGGUCUCGCUUCUUUUGACCACUCCAGACCCUGAGAGGGGUUCUAUUUGUAUUAGUGACCAGUGUAACAGUGCUCCCUUCUCUGGGGCUCAGGGCACCCAAGUGACCUGUGAGGAUGAGUGUCAGAGACAACCCUCAGUUAAAUAUGCAACGCUGGUCAGCCACUUGAAAACGGUUGAAACUGAUGAAGAACAGGGGCUUACCCAUGGUUCUGACAGCAAUUGCGUCUCCAGCGAACACUCUCCACUGAGAGAAUCUUUCCCUAGCAGCUCCUGGGAGAUAGAGACUCAGGCAUUUUUCCUAUUAUCAGGUCAGCAACCCAGCACGAUUUCCCCACAACUUUCAUUCUCGGGGUUGGAUGAGCUAUUGGAACUGGAAGGAAAUUUCCCUGAAGAAAAUCAUAGUGGAAAGUCUGUCUAUUAUUUAGGGGUCACCUCCAUCAAAAAAAGAGAGAAUGAUAUGUUUUUGACUGAUGAGUCAGGAGUAUUGUGCCCAUUCCCAGCCCACUGUCUGUUUAGUGACAUCAGAAUCCUCCAGGACAGUUGCUCACACUUUGUAGAAAAUAAUCUGAAUUUAGGAACCUCUGCUCAGAAGACCUUUGUACCUUACAUGCCACAAUUUCAAACCUGUUCCACUCACAGUCAUAAAAUAAUGGAGAGUAAGAUGUGUGAUUUAACUGUGUAAUCUCAUUCAAGAAGCCUCCAGUUUUGUGUGCCAGUAGAGUGUAUCAUGUGUAAUAUAUUCUUUUAUUGUUGUGGAUGUGGGGGACAAGUGUCAGAGUCUAGUUUGAAAAUGAUUGUUUUGAAAUUAAUUGUGUCUAUCUUCUCUCAGUAAUGCAGAGAAACCAUGCAAGGAAGCCUUCAUGAGUCUAGUGAUGUAGAUGGACUCUCAUUGAAUACACUGUCAAGCUAGCCUGGGGAGGGCUCUUACUUCUAGCUAAAAAUAAACCCAGGAAGUAGAAUCUUUCUAAACAGCUGGCCUCUGUGGAAAGAACAAAUUUCAGCAUUAUAUUGACACCUGAAAGAAAGGUUUCAAACUAAGAUCUCUGAGAUAUAAUUGUUUCAAGUGUGUGUUUGCCUUACCUUGAGUUGUCUUGUCUUGUGCUGAUUCACAUGUGCAUGUGCAAAUUUAAAUUGACUAGGUAUCCUUGUGUGCUUUGGAAGUAUGUGACAUGUUUGUAUUUUGUGCCACACGACUGUGUUCUUUGAAGUGUCACUCCCUUAAAUGUUGAUAAUAAUAUCAACAUUAAUAAUCUCUAAUCAGUAGAGAAUUGAACCCUACUCUAAGAAGUUAUACUUUUGAAGAGGGACAGUGUAGCUAAUCCCUUUGCAACAAAGCCAGGAUCCAUGACAGAGGAUGAAAGCAACUAUUAGAAUAACAGCUUCAUCACCACACUUGGAUGACAGUCUGAGCAGCUUUGAGAGCACGACGCCAGCUUUAACUAGAGUUCAUGUAAACGAUUAUUUUCUGAUGGGUUGCCAAAUGUCACUGCAUCCCACUCUAGAACAUCGUCCCUCCCCAUCUCCAUUGGGAUGCUAUUUCUCCCCUCACUGGAUAUCAUUAGAUAAAACAACCACUGUGCUUUACAGGUUGCAUACCUUAACUUGCUUACUGCAAUUAUUGCAUGAGGCACAGGCUAUACAUUCCCACUGUGUCAUUAUUUCCCUGUGAAGGAUGAGGCCGUUAAGUCAUUCACCCGAUGUCUUAGACAUAAUGAUUGAUGGAACCAGAAUUCAGAUUUAAUUCACACCAUUUUAAUACUACUGCUUGAAUUUUAAACCUAGCUUUUACU